GAAACUAUCAGAAGUGGGUCCGUCCUGUGGAAUACCUCAACCAGACGAUCAGUGUGAAGUUUGGACUGGCCAUAUCCCAGUUAGUUGAUGUGGAUGAGAAAAAUCAACAAAUGACAACCAAUGUGUGGAUGAAACAGGCAAGUUGAGCUACACAUCUUACCUAAACAUUGCAUUUCACCAUCAUGCAGUACACAUGCAGGUAAAGUUAUGAUAUUAAUAUAUACUUUAUUAUAAAACAUGCUCUGGCAUUAAAUGGCAUUUAGAGGCAACCAGUCACACUUUUUUCAUCUUUUCUGGUGGCAUUUCACUGACAGUCCUCAUUUAUAUGAGUCCUUUCGGGCCUGUGCCCACGCACCUGCCUCCACAAGCUGUCCCUCACCACCCCUGCUCCUGUCAGCCUUAUUCGUGGCCUCGGAUGUGCUGUCCGUCAUGCAUCUUUUUUGUGUCAUCCCCACAGACCAUUUUUUGCCAUUUGGGUCAGUUGCUCCCUUUCACGAUGAUGGAUUGCAUUAUGCAAAACAGGUGAUGGAAGGGCAAUGGGCCACAGUACUCGUGUCUAUCUAUCAAGCGUAUCAUUUGCAUGAAGUAUGUCAGAUUUAGUCAUUGUAUCUCCUUUGUUUUCCAAGGUACUUCAAGCAUAAAGCUAAAUUAAAUAGAUUGUUUAAAGAAGCAGCCUAUAGAAGCUUGCCAUGUACCCCUCCCGGAGGCCUGGAUCAGGGCAAGACAUGGAGUGGAUUGACCGGAAACUCAGAUGGAACCCUGACGAUUAUCUGGGCAUCACAACAAUCCGAGUUCCUUCCAACCGGAUCUGGCUCCCUGACGUUGUGCUGUAUGAUAAUUCAGAUGGGCGUUUUGAGGCUACUGUCACCAAGGCAGUUGUUAAGUACAAUGGAACCAUAUCAUGGACACCACCAGCAAAUUACAAGUCAGCCUGCACCAUCGAUGUCACCUUCUUCCCUUUUGAUCUGCAAAACUGUUCAAUGAAGUUUGGCUCCUGGACAUACGAUGGCUCCCAGGUGGACAUAACUCUGGAGGAAUUCCACGUAGACAAGAAGGACUAUUUUGACAACGGUGAAUGGGAGAUUGUGAAGGCCACAGGCAGCCGUGGUCUAAGGACAGACAGCAGCUCCACUUAUCCCACCAUCACCUACUUCUUCAUCAUCCGCAGGUUGCCUCUUUUCUACACCCUCUUCCUCAUCAUCCCCUGCAUUGGCCUGUCCUUCCUUACGAUCCUCGUCUUCUAUCUGCCUUCCAACGGGGGAGAGAAGAUCUCCCUCUGCACCUCAGUCCUGGUGUCUCUCACAGUUUUCCUCCUGGUCAUCGAGGAGAUCAUCCCUUCCUCUUCGAAGGCUAUCCCUCUGAUUGGGGAGUACCUGGUCUUCACUAUGAUCUUUGUCACGCUUUCCAUCGUCAUCACCGUCUUCGCCAUCAACAUCCACCAUCGCUCCUCUUCUACACAUCACAACAUGGCCCCCUGGGUGCGGAGGAUCUUCCUGCACCGCCUGCCCAAGCUGCUGUGCAUGCGCAGUCAUGCCGACCGUUACGCAACAGCCGGAGUAGCAAGAACAGGAGGAGCAGAAAGAGAGGGCAAGAUGAAGGACUCAGCACCUGAACUGACUUCUCUGCUCUACACCAAACAUAACCUACAAGCAGCUUUAGAAUCCAUUCGAUACAUAACCAUGCAUGUGGUUAAAGAAAACGAGGUCAGAGAGGUUGUUCAAGACUGGAAAUUUGUAGCACAAGUCCUGGACCGAAUGUUUCUGUGGGCCUUCCUCCUGGUGUCGAUCCUCGGCUCUGCUCUCCUCUUCAUCCCGGUUAUCUACAAAUGGGCCAACAUCAUUGUCCCAAAACAUUUUGGAAGUACCCUCUAAGAACCACAGUUUAAAUAAUCAGAAUUGGAGGCAAAGCACAUUAACAGGUUGUUAUGGGUCUUGAGAUACUGUGAUUACCUCCCGGAUAGAGGUCUGCGCUGGUUAUCUACAGUUAUUCCACAAUCCAAACCCAAUGCAUUCAUUUCCAAAUUUGUUUCACAUAUGGUUGCAGGGUUGUUAACAUCAUAUGAUAAAGAACAAAAGAAUAGAACCGCUUAUCCUUCUUAUAAUAAAUAAAUAUAAAGUUCCUAUAUCCCUCAAUUAACUUUUGUGUGUACAUUCAAAAGACCACAGUUACAUUUACACAGUCUGUAGAUUAUAAUUCAGAUUAGUCAUGCAGAUACAUUUAUCUUUAGGGACACUCACGGUUUAAUGCAUUCUCUCUUUAUUACUCUUGACUAUGCGCGGACAGGAGUUGUGGACUUUCAUGCCCAGACUUGAGUUUCUCUGGCAGCUCUUCCUUUCAGCGCAUCGACAAGUCUCACAUUCUUUAUUGGUGCUGCAAUGUGCUCCAUGGCAACAGAUUGGUGCAGAGGCACCGUGGGCCCUGACUGAAUGUUUUUAACACACGGUAGCUUAGCACAAAGCCUAGCUCCCUCAAAUAUGUAUUUUUAUUUGAUUUGAUUCGUACCUCACAUGAUGUACUAUGGAGAUUUGUGAUCCUAAGGUCACACCACUCCCUCCAUUCACUGUGUGUUUCACAAUAGCUGAAGAGCUUAGCCAUUGGUUGAGCAUGCUCUGCCUCUCCGUGGCCGUGUCUUCAUAUUACAGCUGAGAAAAACAAAACAAUAAAGCAGUGAUUGUAGUAAUACAAUCUGAUAUUCUACUUCCAAUUUUUGAUUAAAUACAAGUUCUAAACAAUAACAAGCACGGAGAAAAGUUGGGUGUUGUUUUUUGGUCUAACAUGGUAACAUAAACCAAAGAAAUAUGGAUGAAAUUGAAGAAAUGGGGAAGGAGACCAGAAACCAGAAUAAAAUCAAUUCACAUGUCUUAUGAUA